AUGCUCGCCGCCUCAUCACCGCACCUCGUCACCGUCCAGGACGCCAUCACUUGCUUCUACCGCACCAUCCUUUCCUCCGACAAGGAGCUAUUCACCCAAGUCGUUUGGUCCGCCAACCAAGUCGGUGGCACUUUCCUCUCCGUCACCGUAAAGUAUGGAAUUUCACCCUCGAAACCCCACGACCAUUUGUUGAGGAAAAUGAAGGGCAGGAGGUCCUUCGCUACUGGCGAUUCUGCCAUCAGCCUCCACUGGGAUACCUCUGCUGUCGCCUACGAGUCGAGGCCCAAGCCGAGCAAGGCCUUCUACCUCGCCAUGGUUGCCAACGCUGAGUUCGCGCUACUGCUGGGCGACAUGUGA